CUCAGCAUUCAGUUAUAGAAAAACCCCGAGAAGCGACACAACAUGACCAAGUUGAUUCUCUAUGGCUUGGAGGCGAGUCCACCGGUGAGGACAGCAAAACUGACGCUUGCCGCUUUGGGAGUUCCAUACGAGUUCGUCGAGGUGAAUACUUUGGCCAAGGAGAACCUUUCAGAGGCUUUCCUGAAGAAGAACCCGCAGCAUACGGUGCCCACGCUGGAGGAUGAUGGUCACUUCAUUUGGGACUCGCAUGCGAUCAGCGCCUAUCUGGUGUCAAAAUACGGCAAGAACGACAACCUCUACCCCAAGGAUCUCCUGCAGCGGGCUGUGGUGGAUCAGCGAUUGCACUUCGAGUCGGGCGUAGUCUUUGCCAACGGUCUAAGAAGCAUUACCAAGCCCCUGUUCGCCUCUGGCCUCACCACGAUUCCCCGAGAGCGUUACGAUGCCAUCAUCGAGAUAUACGACUUUCUGGAGACCUUUUUAAAGGGUCAGGAUUACAUUGCCGGCAGUCAGCUUACCAUUGCCGAUUUUAGCAUCAUUUCAACCCUAUCCUCGCUGGAAGCCUUCGUGGACAUAGAUCCGGCCAAGUACACCAGGGUUACUGCUUGGGUUAAGCGACUGGAACAGCUGCCCUACUAUGAGGAGGCCAAUGCCAAGGGAGCCCGAACAUUUACCGAAAUCAUUAAGAAGACUAAUUUUAAGUUUGCAUCUUAAGUACGAAUCCUGAUUUUACUCUGGUUCAAUUUUACAAUAAAUCCUAUAACAAAUAUUCCUUA